AUGAUUAUAAAUCAAAUUUUAUUUACAACUCAGGAAAACAAGGGGGAGUAGUAAGUAGUUCUGAGGCUUAAAUAGUUUUUGAAUCUUCAAAACUCAGCUACAACCAAGAUAAUUACUCAAUAAGAAACACUAUGUUUAUAAUCAACUAAAUUCAAAAAUGGGAUGUCAAUAGAGGGAGGAGCUAUAUACAUAGCUGGUGACAGCAAUGCUAAUAUUUAAUCAUCAAUAUUCCAAAAUAAUAAGGCUAGAUCGAAAGGUGAUAACUAUGCUGGUGAUUUAGGAGAUGAUAUUUAUUUGACAAGCUCUCUUAAUUUAAUAACUUUAAAAUAAGUUUAAAUAACAAAUUUGAAAGCCAAGAAUUCUAUCUAUAUAGAGCAGGCAAAAAUAUAUUCAUAGGAGCUGGUGAUUAAAGAUGCUAACCAAAAUGAAAAUUCAUAUAGAGGUGCAGGAAUAUACUGCUAUUAUUGUAGAGGUCUUGAAAUAAGAGAUUCUUCUUUUAUUAAUUUAAGAUCUGUUUACGGAGGAGCAAUAUACAUACUUGAAUAAGAUUUAGGUAAAGAAACUUCAAAUAAAAAUAAUAAAAAGUUUUAAAUCAUUAAUUCUACCUUUACCAACUGUACCGGUGAAUAAGGUGGUGCUUUAAUGCUUGAUAAUGCUCAAUCUGUUUUUAUUUAAAAUAGCAAAUUUAUUGGAAACACUGCUAAGGUAAUUCCAGAGUAUUAAAUUCAUGCAGCAGAUUUAGCUUCUGGAGGAGCUAUUUAUUAUUCUUGCAAUGCUGAAAUAUUAAAUUGCAUUCUAAUUUUUGAUGGAGUUAAUAUUUUUAAACAUAAUAAUGCCUAUAUUAAGGGAGGAGCUAUUUACUGGACUAUUCUUGAGCCUAUUUUCGAUAGCAAUAAUCUUAAUUUCAUAGAUAACUCUGCAUUUUAAUACGGGGAUAAUUUAGCCUGCUUCCCUUAAAAAUUGGGAUCUUUAUCAGUAAACCAAUAUUUGGCUCAUAUUUUAAAAUUAGGUUUGAUAGAAAAUACGAACUAAAGACUUUUAUAAUAUACUACAGCUGAGAAAAUUUAAUAUUUUUAAUCAAUUUAAAGCUAAAAGAGUGGUGGUGCUAUACCUAUUAUUUAUAUGGCUUUAAUUGAUUAAUAUGGAUAGAUUGUUGGAUCAGAUUCUAACAGUAAAGUUAGAAUAUCUAUUCAGGCAAAUAAUCUGGAUGAAAAAGCAAUAAUGUACCCAGCUAUUCUUUAAGGAAACAGUGAUUUUUAAGCCUCUAGUGGUAUUGCUAUUAUUUAGGAUGUAAUAGUUACAGGAACCCCGGGAAAUAUACAUCUGAGAGAAUGUAUUGAAGGAGAGUAAUUUACAUCAGCUGGAAAAUGUAUUGAAUGCUAAGACAAUACUUACUCACUGAUAAAAAUGAUAGAGCCAAGCUCCUGUGAAAUUUGUCCAACCGAGAAAGCAAUAUGCAUUGGAGGUGCAAAUAUUGGUCCUUUACCAGGAUAUUGGAGAAAAAGUAAUACAACUAAGCGUAUCGAAAAGUGUCUUUUUGAACCCGCAUGUCUCGGAAUGAUACCUCCAAAUUAAAAUCCUAUGGGAGACUGCCUUCAAGGCUAUAGAGGAAUUCUUUGUACAGACUGUAGCAAAGGCUAUUCAAGAGACAAUGAUUAUUAAUCUUCUGCUUAUGACAUCUUCAUUUAAUUUUUCAUGGUCUGA